CCCCUACCCUCACCACAAAAAAGCUCUAAUGACUUCAUCUGACAGUGAUGAACGUCCCUCUUCUCUCUUCAAUCUCCUUUUCCUCACCGUCGCACUCGCUGACGUCUCUGAGACUACGCCGGUCCGAAGGUCUCGCUCGCUCACUCACUGUGUCGCACUCAAGGUCGUCGUCGCCCUCCCUGCCAUCGUCUUCGCCGGAGUCAGCAGAAAAGGGAACCAGUCAACCAGCGUUUGAGGUCGUCGUCGUCUUCAGUUGUGUUCGGUAGCUCGUCAGAGCAAGUUUCUCUCACAAAAAAAGAAAAAAUUAGAGAUGUCAAGAAGCUGUGUGCGAAGAAUUGGAACAUGGAUCCCUUGUGUUUCCAAGAGAGGGUUUUCUAGUUCACCUUCUUCUUCAUGCGUCCAAAAGAGCGGUUCUGAGCAAGGUCUCAAAUCAUUGAACCUUUAUUCUGCAAUUAACCAAGCUCUCCACAUUGCUUUGGACACUGAUCCACGUUCUUAUGUUUUCGGAGAAGAUGUGAGCUUUGGUGGGGUCUUCCGUUGUACAACAGGAUUAGCAGACAAAUUUGGGAAGAAAAGGGUUUUCAAUACUCCCUUAUGUGAACAAGGUAUCAUUGGCUUUGGCAUUGGUCUAGCGGCAAUGGGAAAUCGAGCCAUUGCAGAAAUUCAAUUUGCAGAUUACAUUUUCCCUGCUUUUGAUCAGAUUGUCAACGAAGCUGCUAAAUUCAGAUACCGAAGUGGGAACCAAUUUAAUUGUGGUGGUUUAACGAUUAGAGCCCCGUAUGGAGCUGUGGGCCAUGGUGGGCAUUACCAUUCUCAAUCCCCUGAGGCUUUUUUCUGUCAUGUUCCUGGUAUCAAAGUGGUCAUCCCUCGAAGUCCCCGAGAAGCAAAAGGGCUCUUGCUGUCUUGCAUUCGAGAUCCAAAUCCUAUAGUAUUUUUUGAACCGAAGUGGCUAUAUCGUUUGGCUGUCGAAGAAGUACCAGAGGAUGAUUACAUGUUGCCACUAUCCGAGGCAGAGGUGGUUCGUCAGGGAAGUGAUAUUACACUUGUUGGAUGGGGAGCUCAAUUAUCUAUAAUGGAACAAGCCUGUCUAGAUGCUGAAAAAGAAGGAAUUUCUUGUGAACUGAUAGAUCUGAAGACAUUAAUACCUUGGGAUAAGGAAACAGUGGAGGCCUCAGUUAACAAGACAGGAAGGCUACUUAUUAGUCAUGAAGCUCCGGUAACUGGAGGUUUUGGUGCUGAAAUCUCAGCUUCCAUUGUCGAACGCUGCUUCUCGAGGUUAGAAGCCCCUGUAGCGAGAAUCUGCGGUCUAGACACCCCUUUUCCUUUGGUGUUUGAGCCCUUCUACAUGCCAACCAAGAAUAAGAUAUUAGAUGCUAUUAAAUCAACUGUUGGCUACUGAUGAGCUUAAUUACAGUCUUUCAACCAUAUAUGUGAUCUUGAAUUCACAUGAUCAUCAUAAUGAUCAUGUUUGGGACAAGAUGGAUUUGUAUAUACAUUGCAGACCAUGGAAUCUGGAGAUUAAAUUAAUCAUGCCUUCUCCAAAUGUAAAACAUUUUUAAAAAAUAAUAAUAAUAAAGGAAAGAAUGAAUGAAACUUGAAAAUCAAAUAAUCAACAGCCAUACAUUCGCAUAUUAGGCCCAUCUUGUAAUUCUAUAUAUAAUAGGAUUGUAUCACAUGAAAUAUUUAAAUGAGAAUGUGAGAAUACAUGCUAACUUGCUAAGCCAAUUGAAUUAAAUUAAAUGGCCACUUUAAACAACUUGCAUGACA